GAGUCCCUGUUUGGAAUCUACUCUGUAUUUCUGAUACUUUCAUGGACCGGAAUCGCGAUGGAAACACCUCCCAUUACGCGUGGGAGCGGCUAACCCCGGCCGACGCCCGCCAGAACAGCUAUGUAGGUGACUGAAUGCUGCCACCGGCGGAAACAACGGGCGGCAUGGAACUUAUACGUCGAGCAAAGUCGCAAUCAUCCACCGUCGAAGCCGACUUCCUUCCAGAAGUAGCUGCUUCAACACAGCCAACGCAGCACUCGCAAAGCCUUGUUCAUGAUAUAAGGCCUACCCAAUCAUGGAGCCGACUAAUUGGUCGACCGGUCAAUCCCAUGGUAACAACACCGCCAUGCCGUUCCCUGCAGAACAAACCGGAAACGAUUAUCCUAAGUUCGUGAAUCCGACAUCUCUGCAAAUCAACAUGAGCACUGUGCCUCCUGGCCACAUUGUACAGACCAAUGGCUCCACAAUGAGUUACAAUGCCGCUCAUCCAGACCUGCAGCAUGAUGACGCAUCAGCGUACGGCAUGCAAUACACAACAACACCCGUGGCCGACCACGGGAGCCCGUCUCGAAACGUCGCCUCUGUCUCAGGACAAAGCUCGUGGCCUGUAGCUACAGCCUCUAGGGCUCGCGGAGGUACCGAUCUCCGGCCACAACCUAUUGGAUGCCGUGAUUACACACAGUCGCAUUCGUCUCGACAUCAUUCGCAGCUGGCAACAGGCUUCUCUUCAGAGAACCCUUCACAGUUUCCAACCUCGAUUACGUCCACUCAUGUAGAUGAGCGUCAGGAUAACGAAGCGGAAGCAAGCUGGGAUGACGAAGAUGAAGCCCGCUGCUCAACGAAGGCAAAUCAAAGCUUGUUCAGGAAUAUAUCCCGUAUCUCCAAACAGCCCGGAUCGGUCUAUGUCACCGAGGCAUUGUCGCUAGAUAGGAGAAAAUUAGCGCAUGAAUUCGCAAAGUACAAGAACUGCAGCCAUUUCACGUUCGGUCCCGACACGAACAGUUGCAUGUUCUUUUCCGCCGAUGCGAUCGAUCCGGCGUUUCAAGCUACUUUCAAGAUGAAUCAGGCGGGAAGACACGGCUGCUGGAGCCGUUCUUUUAUUGAUGCAUACGUCCUACCCAACGUCGUCAACAUUCAGGAUCUUCCAUUUGACAUCACGGAAGAUGAAGUCCGCAGGAAGCUUCUCGUGUUGAACUUGCCCCCGCCUGAGAGUAUACGAAUUUCGCAAGCAAAAGGCAUUGGGGCCCGUGCCGUUGCCAUUUUCAAAGAUGCGGCAGGCGCGGCCAAGACUGUUGAGGAAUUGCAUGAGAAGAAGAUACGACCCAACGAUCCGCUCCGCGUGCGAGUUUCGUACGAGCGGUUCUUCGUCGCGCCAUCACCGAUCGCCCUUGAUCAGUUCAGCGCGGUCAACACGAUGACGGAGAUUAAUACGAUGAACAAUGCCGAGCCCUCGUACUCCAUUCCAAGAAUUUUACGGAAUGCCUCGCCAGAGUCAAAUCCCACGAUGGCGGCCAGUGAUGGCCAGCCCACGACUUCUUUGAACGGUGUGCUGGAAGGAACAUGUUUCGUUUCCACGAUCACUCCAUCUGGAGACGGUCAUACCUCAGUACAGCCUGCUUCGUCAGCGCUAUCGAACACAUUGACCCAGCAGCCGACAAGAUCAGAAAAUGACAAAGUCAAAAGAGCUCUCAUGAUCGGAACAACACAGCUGCUCGCGCCCCCCACAGCAACGACGAGUCGAUCGCGAUCCAAUUCGAGAGGAUCGGCCGAUGGCAGUGCACCCGGAUCCAGCUACGGCUCAGAGUGCGCAAGUCCAUGCGAAUCUGUCACUGCUUCCGAUUGGAGCGGUACAAGUUUGAUAGCUCGCUUUGAAGAGCUAGAUGCAAGCGCAAGUCCAAACAAUCCCAAGAAGCGUAAACGCCAUCAGUCCAAGAAGGAUCACUUCAAGUGCGAAGGUUGUGAUAAGUUGUUUGACCGGCUAUGCGACCGUACUAAGCAUGAGAAGCAUCAUCUCCUCGAGGGCCAACGUCCUUUCGAGUGUCCCAUGUGCGAUCAUGAUUGUGUCGAAAGGAAAGAUGUAAGACGCCACCUUGAAGGAGUUCACAAGAUCCCUCUCGAAUCCGCCCGCGAGAUUGCCGCCAAACUCUCGACUCGUGCGGCCCUACCCCGUCCCGAGCAUACCCAGCGCGACAUUGAGACGAGGCAGAACCUUGAAGCAAAGGUCAACAACGUGGACGGUACAAGCCUGUACCCUGCAGACUUGUCAAUAUCCGCGCACAAUCCCAAUGCACAAAAUUGGGAGAGUACCGUCAAUGUCGCCCCCUGGGACGAUGUCCUUUAUGAUCCCUAAAGCUAGAACUUCUAUCUUUGAAGAAUAUAGGAACACAGUAUAUAUCAAGUAUUUGCAUAUUUUAUGAUGAUGAAAUUCUACUUUCUUCUC